GUGACAAACUUUCCGAUUUCAAAGCCAUGGAAGGAGGGGUCUACAACACCUGGUAAUCAGACGAUGAUGGUGGAAGUUUUAAGACCACUUGGGAGGAGCUUUUCAGUCCUCUCUGAUUUUUUUUAUCUCAGAGCUCAGAGGACAUUCUCGCUGAGACAAAACAUGAAGUUUUGGGAGCAGUUGGUCGUGACUCUUAUAUGUUGUUAUGACUGGAAAAGUUCUGGGAUGUCUCAUCCUAAACCAGCCUGUCGGUAUCCUCCUUCUCAGUGGUGUCGUUCUCUGGAGAUCGCGGUAGAAUGCAAGGUUCAGAAUCAGUGCAUGGAGCUUAAUGCCAUCAAGCCAAACCAGACUGUUCCUCAAGUAUCCGUCACCCUGUACUACGAGAGUUUGUGUCCAGACAGCAGACACUUCAUCACCCAUCAGCUGUUCCCCACAUGGACCAUGCUGCAGGACAUCAUGUCUCUCACUCUAGUGCCUUACGGAAACGCUAAGGAAAUGUUUCCAGCGAAUUCUCCCUUCGCCUGCCAGCACGGAGCACCGGAGUGUCGAGGAAACAUGAUUGAGGCUUGUAUCAUCAGUUUAACUGGAAACUCACUAGCAGUUCAAAUCAUCUACUGCAUGGAGUCUUCCACAGAUGUCCUCGGUGCAGCAGAGUCGUGUCUCCAGCUUUACGCUCCCUCUGUGUCCUGGUCCAGCGUUGACUCCUGUGUCAGCGGAGAUUUGGGACAUCGGCUGAUGCAUGACUACACUGUCAUGACCAGAGCUCUGAAUCCGGUCCACUCGCACGUCCCUUGGGUUACAUUUGAUGGGGAACACACGGAUGAGAUGGAAGACAAGGCGAUGUCAUCCCUCUUCCAUUUGGUUUGUGAGCUCUACAAGGGAGUGAAGCCUCCAGCCUGCACCGGAGCUCCAGUCAAACUGAGCAGAAGUGGCUGCUAAACUCACUAAAAUCUAUUUAAUGUGUCUGUAACCUACUAAAAAAUACCAGUAACCCUUAAAGACAGAUCAUUAAAGUCCUUUGUAGAAGUCUC